AUGCAUGCAAAAACUGAUUCUGAAGUCACCAGCUUGGCCCCUUCUUCCCCAGAUCAUAAUCGUCGCCAAGUGUACUACGUGCAGAGCCCAUCAAGGGACUCGCAUGAUGGAGAGAAGACAACGACGUCUUUCCAUUCUACUCCAGUGUUGGGCAGCCCAAUGGGGUCCCCUCCUCACUCCCACUCCUCCGUGGGCCGCCACUCGCGGGAAUCCUCCACUAGCCGCUUCUCCGGCUCGUUGAAGCCCGGAUCGAGGAAGAUUUUACCUAACGAAGCCGGAUCUGGGACCGGCGGCAGGGGGCAGAGGAAAGGGCAGAAGAAUUGGAAAGAGAUCGAUGUGAUUGAAGAAGAAGGGCUACUUGAAGAUGAAGAAUCGAGAAAGGGUUUGCCCAGGAGAUGCUAUGUUCUCGCAUUUGUUGUCGGAUUUUUUGUGCUGUUUUCGUUCUUUGCUUUGGUUUUGUGGGGUGCUAGUAAACCUCAAAAGCCCGAGAUCACAAUGAAGAGCAUUACAUUUGAAAGAUUCGGGGUUCAAGCUGGUUCGGAUAAUACUGGAGUUUCGACUGAUAUGAUGUCCAUGAAUGCCACCGUGAAAUUCACUUUCCGAAACACUGCUACAUUUUUUGGAGUCCAUGUUACAUCGACUCCUCUAGCUGUCUCCUACUCACAGCUUAACAUUGGUUCUGGAGAUAUGAAGAAAUUCUAUCAAUCAAGAAAGAGUCAAAGAAAUGUAGUGGUAUCUGUGAUUGGCGACAAGAUUCCGAUGUAUGGAAGUGGAGCUAGUUUGAGCACGCCAACAGGGACGACCACCCUCAAGGUGCCAUUGAAAUUGGAGUUCACUGUUCGAUCGAAAGCUUAUGUUUUGGGCAAAUUAGUGAAGCCGAAGUUCUACAAGAAGAUCGAAUGUUCAAUUGUGAUUGAUCCCAAGAAACUUAAUAUUCCAAUCUCCCUAAAGAAUUCGUGUACAUACGACUGA